CCAGAGGCUGGAAAAUAUAAAAUAGAAGCCCAACUGAUUCGCUAUUCUGGCAAAAAGUACUUGAUGAGUUUUCCAACUCUAGAUGAAAUAGUUAAAGAAAAUGGUAAUGAGAGAUUGUCCGCAAUUCUUGAAAAUGAAAUAGCAAAUCAUCAUGAUAUUCCAUUUAUGGCUAUUAAGAAUGAAGG